GACGCAGCGGCACCGCCGCCACCUCGAGUUCCUGAGUACACCGACGGCGAUUUGGACCGACUGGCAGCGCUGGAGCAGACCGCCCUGGCGAAGGAGGUCGAGCAGGCCACCAAGCAGGAACGGCUGGCUGCCCAGGAGGUACAAUGGCGAUUGGGGCGAUACAAUAAGGCGAAGGCUACGUUGGAGGAGAUGCAGCGCAACCGUGUCGAGGCGGAGCGCAACCUGGAGAUGGCGCGUCAGGCCGUGCGCGAGGCGGACGCUAAGAAUAACCGUUUCAACAUUGGCCAGUUCAACAUUGGCCAGUUCGAAGAGGUCAAGCGUGCUGAGGUGGAACGUCAGCGCCAAGCUGCUGCUGCUGCCGAGCGCGAGGCGCAGGACGGCUUCACCGAGCCGCGCGCCCCCGCUGCCGCCCCCGCCGCUGGCGCAGGCGGCGGCGCGCGCUGGGACGGCGGAGGAGACGGUGCUGAUGCGGGUCGUGGGGUUCCUGAGGGCGCGGGUGCAGCGGUUGCUGCCCUUCGGCCCCCUGACCAUUUGCAGAUGACUCUCGACGAUAUUCGGGAGUGGUGCCAGAAGCAUGGCCACAGGUACGAGUAUUGGGAGGCCGUCAAGCAGAUGGAGCAGAGCAUUGCGGCCCCCAUGGAUGACGUGUCGGAGGUUGGCGAGUUUGAGUUUGGUGACCAUCAUCGUUAUGAAUUGGAUCAGCUUCGGAAGCGGUCACUGGAACAGGCUCUCACAGAAGCUGAGUGCAACCGUAUGGAGACCAUCCUCGUCAAGCAGGCAGCUCAGAAGGCUACGAAGCGACUCCGUACAGUGCGGUGCAAGAACGAGGUCCCGUGGUUCGAGGUGCGGGCGCUGCG